GGCGGCGGGGGCCGAGCGGGGCGCUCGCCUCGGCCUCGCCCUGGGCCGGCCGCGGCGCUGCGCGGCGGCGCCAGGCGGAGGCGGCGCGCCGGAGGUGCGGCCGUGCUGGCGGCGGAGCUGCCCCGGCCCCGGGGCGCGCCCCCGGCCGCGAGGUAUCUGAGCGUAUCGCGGCAGAGAAGACUAGAGGCGAGGUGGGGAAGAUGGAGGGCUCGGUCUGAGACCAGCUCCUUCUUCUCUUCCCUUUCCUGCCCCCCUUCGAAGGGGGGAGAGCGGUAAUCGUUCUCGUCCAGUCGCCUUUGAAAGCUCGGGAGCCGCAACUGGAGCGCCCAUCAGUCUGGCUGCGCGUUUAGUAUGCGGUUUGUGCCUCCUCGCUAAUGAGAGGGAGAAUGGGAACCCAGGGAAGCCCUGUGAAGAGCUAUGAUUAUCUGCUCAAGUUCCUGUUGGUAGGAGACAGCGAUGUUGGCAAAGGAGAAAUCCUGGAGAGCCUUCAAGAUGGAGCUUCAGAAUCGCCGUAUGCCUACAGCAACGGAAUUGACUACAAGACCACUACUAUCUUGCUGGAUGGCAGGAGGGUCAAGCUGGAACUCUGGGACACAUCAGGGCAAGGAAGAUUUUGUACCAUUUUCAGAUCCUACUCUAGAGGAGCCCAGGGAAUUCUCUUGGUGUAUGAUAUCACUAAUCGCUGGUCCUUUGAUGGGAUAGAUCGAUGGAUAAAGGAAAUAGAUGAGCAUGCCCCAGGUGUCCCUCGGAUCCUGGUGGGAAACAGGCUUCACCUUGCCUUCAAGCGGCAAGUACCAACAGAGCAGGCGCGGGCCUAUGCGGAGAAGAACUGCAUGACAUUUUUUGAGGUCAGCCCCCUGUGCAACUUCAACGUCAUAGAAUCCUUCACAGAGUUGUCUCGUAUUGUGCUCAUGCGGCAUGGCAUGGAGAAGAUCUGGAGACCCAACAGAGUGUUCAGCUUACAGGACCUGUGCUGCCGAGCCAUUGUGUCCUGCACCCCAGUCCACCUCAUUGACAAGCUGCCAUUGCCUGUCACCAUCAAGAGUCACCUGAAAUCCUUCUCUAUGGCAAAUGGGAUGAAUGCAGUGAUGAUGCACGGCCGGUCAUAUUCUUUGGCCAGCAGUGGGGGCGGGAGCAGCAGCAAAGGUAACAGCUUGAAGAGAUCCAAAUCGAUUCGCCCACCUCAGAGCCCCCCACAGAACUGCUCACGCAACAACUGCAAGAUUUCUUAGCAGGAUGGACGCACCGUGAGCUGCUUGAUAUAUCCACACUCACCCACCGAUGUACAGAUGUUUGCACACUUAACCCUUUUCGACUGGAUCCUUUCGGAUGGGCUUUGGUUGCUUUUCCGACGGUGCCCACAAGAUUGGGAACGUGCUUGUGUUUGGCUUCGUAUAUGAAGUGUGGUGCCGGCUGGAUCUCAUUGGACUGGCAGGGAGAGGAGUCUGCCAAGUGCCCCUCCAAGAAUGCUUUAGGCUUUGCCUCUCAGCCUGGGGUGGAAAAUUCAACAGCUGCUGGGUUGGGGCGGGGAGGGGGGGAGAAGGGGAAAAAAGCUCAUCCAGUCUCAAUAGAGGAAUGGAUUUAAUGGAAGAUUGAGAGGCUUAAGGGAGUAGGCAAAGAGAGUCUGUGCUGCAACUUUAACUCUUGGACUCCUGAACAGAUAGCUGGUGCAAUAGUGAUUGUUGGAUGUAGGAAAAAAAAAAAGGGGGGACAGGGGACUGACAACAGUUUCCACCAGGAUGUUAACCUGCUGUUGCCAAAAAAAAAAAAAAAAAAAAAAAAAAAAAAAAAGCGAGAGUUGGCCAAUUGGAAAGCUGAAGGAAGCAGUUUGCUUGCCGCCUUCAUCUAUUUAUGUAAAUAUUUUAUAUAUAUAUAUAUAUAUAUAUAUACAUAUAACUUGUUUUUUUAAGGGUUCUUUUUUUUAAGAAGCAGUCAGGGAAAAUUUUAUGCAGCCAUGUAAAUAAAAGCAUUGGAUUAACUUUUCCAGUGUCAGCAAAAGGGCAGAAGUGGGGGGGGAUUUUAAGGUGAAAACAUACAAAUGCUUUAAGAGACUUUCAGUCACCCCACAGGUUUACUUUUUUUUUUGUUUUUAAUACUACAUAUGUAGAAGGAAAGAAUGAUUUGUGUUACAUACUCCAAGCUACUUUAUCGUGAUGGUUCCCUAAAGCUUACAAGUGCUGCAGGCAGGGGUGGGGUUUACAUCAAAUGAGGGACAGAGUGGAGAGACCAAGGUCAGGGAUUUGAGGGGGGAAUAGGCAGGACAGAGAGGCAGCUCCGAGGCUGGAACCCAUGUGGCCAACCCAUGCCAUGUUCACGUUGCGUUUUCUGAUGUGCAGCUGAUCGGGGGUUGAGAAGCAGAGGGUGGAAGCAUCAAGCCUACAGCAGAGAAGAAGCUCGGGCUACUGUUUCUGGAGUCCUGCGUCUGCCAUUUAGCUGUCUGGGUGCACCCCUGCUCUCCAGAUCUGAAGGUCGCUACCCCAGGAGGCAGAGGCCCCUGAAUCCUGGCUUAUUUCUUCUUCCUGAUGCCUAAGUUAGCGUUGCUCUGGCUCCUGUCCUAGAUGAAAGUGGGGAAAGGAGAGAAGCGGCUUUUCCCACUGGAGCGUGAAGGAGCAGGCAGUGACCGGGACUGGAAAGCUGGCCCCUGUUGGGAUAUGAAAACCGAAAGCGGUGUGGAAAAGGGCAGUCGCAGAAACCGUGGGCUUGCACGGGGAGACAAAGGCGCUCUGCACUCGCAGGGCUGUGACGGGGAACCGGGAAGGGCAGACUGCUGCGGUCUGUGGUGCUGCUCCUGGAUCUGAGGGGGCAAGCGUGCCCAGUGACGAGAGCUCGAGACGGAUGCGUGCUGGGGGGGAACAUCUGCCAUGCGAGGGCACGUGCUUCCCUGGCUUAGUCCCCUAGCAAUGUAUUGAUUUGUGCUGGAAAUCCACCUGGAAAUGUGAAAAAAAAAUCCCUAGCCCUUAUUACAGAACUAGAGCCUGACAGCGGGACCAAGCUAUGUUGACGGAUUCUUGUGGGCCAUCAGGACAGGUAGCUCGAGUGGCUUUCAUGGCCUUCAGAUCUUCAUGACCUGCUUUGCAUUGUGCUGGGCCGGUCUCCUCUUUACCUGUGCAGCGCUGCCAUCUUCCUCUGCUCACUAGCAAUUCCUCAAGGCCUUGGUUUGCUCCUCUUCUGCCCCCCCCCCCCCCCAAAAAAAAAAAAAAAGGCGUGUUACGUUGCACGGGCAGGAUGAAGCUGCAGCAGUUCUUGCGUGGCUGACAACCCGCUCCGUUCAAACGGGCCAGAGGGGCCCAUCCCGGGCUGGGGCAUCCCCUCUGCGGGGCACUGCUUGCUUCUAAACUAGCCUAGGACACGGAGGAGUCUCCCCCCCUGCUCUUUAAAACAAAACAUGACACAAGGGUGGAUUUCUCGGCUUGUCUCCAGUGUGCUUUAUUGCCCAGCUCAAAUGAGUGCGGAGAGAAUUAAACCCAAAGGGAGGGGCAGGCGGGGGGAGAGGAAUCCUUUGUAGUAGUGAUUUGGCUUAAGAGCAAAGCUGUAGCCAAUUUUGGCUUGGUGGUGUGGAAGCCGGGGGAUUUCUAGAACCUGUCUGGACUGACUGGCACCUGUUUCCCAUCACUUAACGCGGAGCAGAAGACAAUCACUGGCUCAGCAGCCCGGGAAUCCAGGGAUAUACGGCCAACAGGUGAUGCCCCCCUCCCCAAGCCCUGCAGAAGGCAACUUCUCCUGGAAAACAUCUUCUGGGCAGCACAGGGCCACCCAUGGCCUCCUGCCUCCGCAGUAGCCAGGCUCCAGCGUAUGGCGUGAAGAGGCAAUGAAGGUUUCUGUCGUGAAAUCGCAAAGCUGCUCUAUGUCCAGAGAAAAAACUUUAUUUACCUCUGCUUGAUUUUUGUAUUAUUUUUUUGCCCUGAAGCAAAUGACACCUCCCACGUCUUUUGACCACAGCAGAUUUUGCCCUGUAAAAUCUCAGUAGAUCUUCUCUGGAUUGAAAAUGGAAGAUUCACCUGGAGUGUUUGCUCAAUUUCUUUUUUUAAUUUAAAAGAAAAAGGUUCUUGUGUCUGAUAUCAACACUAGUCUUUAGCUGCUCUCCAACACUUGUACCAUUCCUAUGGGGUUGUGGGUUGUUUUUUUGACUAUCCUUUUAUUUUUUUAUUCCUUUGUACAGUCAAUGUUGUUCAACUGAUUAUACAUUGUUUUGUUUUACAUAAAUUAAAGCCUUUUUUUGUUU